AGUAGUGAGGAGAGAGAGAGAGAGAGAGAGAGAAGAGAGAUGUUGGCAAACCCUAGCAGUGGCAGACUGCACUGCACCACUAACCCCUUCCAUUUCCACCCAAAUUCACAUUCCAAUUCAAACCCAACAUCAAGCAGACCCAAAUGUUUCGUGUGCCCACGCAGCACCAGGUCCAAAUAUUGCACUCUGUCCCUUCUCCUGCCCAGAAAGAAUCGCAAGCCCUUUGGCAUCAGAGCUCUCACUGACGCCUCCUCCGGAGCCGGAGUUGCUCAGCCGUACUCUGUCAAAAUUCCAGUCGGUGAUAGACACAUUUUGAUCGAGACAGGUCAUAUUGGGAGACAAGCCAGUGCUUCUGUUACUGUCACAGAUGGAGAAACUAUUGUAUACACUUCUGUUUGUUUGGCUGAUACUCCGAGUGAACCUUCCGACUUUUUCCCCCUUUCUGUUCAUUAUCAAGAGCGCUUUUCGGCAGCAGGUCGCACUAGUGGAGGCUUUUUCAAACGAGAAGGAAGGGCCAAAGAUCACGAGGUUCUCAUUUGCAGAUUGAUUGAUAGGCCUUUGCGUCCAACUAUGUUGAAUGGCUUCUACCAUGAAACUCAAGUACUUUCUUGGGUGCUGAGUUAUGACGGUUUGCACUCUCCUGAUUCUUUGGCAGUCACAGCAGCUGGAAUAGCUGUCGCUCUUUCCGAGGUUCCAAAUUCAAAAACUAUUGCAGGAGUACGUAUCGGUCUUGUUGGGGACAAAUUUAUUGUAAAUCCAACAACUAAGGAGAUGGAAGACUCUGAGUUGGACUUGCUGCUAGCUGGUACGGAUAGUGCAAUAUUGAUGAUAGAGGGCUAUUGUGAUUUUCUGCCUGAGGAAAAGCUGCUGCAAGCAAUAGAAGUUGGGCAGGAUGCUGUACGAGCAAUCUGCAAUGAGGUGGAGGCUUUGGUUAAGAAGUGUGGGAAACCGAAAAUGUUCGAUGCAAUCAAAUUACCUCCCCCUGAGCUAUAUAAUCACGUUGAGGAAAUCGCUGGUGAUGAGUUGGUAAGAGCUCUGCAGAUUACGCACAAGACUCCUAGAAGAAAAGCCCUGUUAUCAUUAGAAGGAGAAGUAUUAACUUUACUUACUGAAAAGGGAUAUGUUAGUAAGGAUACGGCUCUUGCAGGCAGCGGAACAGUACCAGAUAUAUUUGAAGAUGAAGAUGAGGAUGAGGAAGUGAUUGUGGAUGGUGAAGUAGAUGAAGGUGAUGUCCAUAUAAAGCCUACCUUGCGUAAAUCGAUCCCCUUGUUUUUCUCCGAAGUAGAUGUGAAGCUGGUAUUCAAAGAAGUAACAUCUAAAUUUUUGCGAAGGCGCAUUGUGGAGGGUGGAAGAAGAAGUGAUGGGCGAACCCCUCAAGAGAUACGUCCAAUUAACUCAAGGUGUGGACUACUUCCAAGGGCACAUGGAAGUGCUCUUUUCACCCGUGGGGAAACACAGUCAUUAGCUGUGGUUACACUUGGUGAUAAGCAGAUGGCUCAGAGGAUAGACAACCUAAUGGGUGUAGAUGAAUUGAAAAGGUUCUAUCUUCAGUACACAUUUCCCCCUUCAUGUGUUGGGGAAGUUGGACGGAAUGGAGCACCUAGCAGAAGAGAAAUUGGUCAUGGGAUGCUGGCUGAGAGAGCCCUUGAACCAAUAUUGCCUUCUGAUGAUGAUUUUCCUUACACCGUACGUGUUGAGAGCACGAUUACCGAAAGCAAUGGCUCUUCAAGUAUGGCUUCUGUGUGCGGGGGAUGCUUAGCACUUCAGGAUGCUGGAGUUCCAAUCAAGUGUCCUAUAGUUGGAAUAGCAAUGGGUCUGGUUCUAGACACAGAGGAAUUUGGUGGGGAUGGUUUACCACUUAUUCUCUCGGACAUAACUGGAUCUGAAGAUGCAUCAGGAGAUAUGGAUUUUAAGGUUGCUGGAAAUGAACAUGGUGUAACAGCAUUUCAGAUGGAUAUAAAGGUGAGCGGAAUUACUUUACCAGUUAUGAGAAAGGCACUCCUGCAAGCAAAAGAUGGCCGAAGGCAUAUUAUUGCGGAACUGUUGAAUUGCUCCCCUCCGCCUUCAGGAAGGCUUUCCAAGUAUGCACCACUGAUUCACAUAAUGAAGGUCAAACCUGAAAAAGUAAACCUAAUUAUUGGUUCCGGUGGGAAGAAGGUCAAAAGUAUUAUAGAAGAGACUGGAGUAGAUGCCAUUGACACACAAGAGGACGGAAUAGUGAAAAUUACUGCCAGGGACUUAUCGAGUUUAGAAAAGUCUAAACUAAUCAUUGCUAAUUUGACAAUGGUUCCAAGUGUUGGUGACAUCUACAGGAAUUGCGAAAUCAAAACAAUAGCUCCAUAUGGAGUAUUUGUGGAAAUAGCACCUGGGCGAGAGGGACUUUGCCAUAUUAGUGAGUUAAGUUCAGAUUGGCUGGCAAAGGCAGAAGAUGCUUUUAAGGUGGGAGAUCAUAUUGAUGUUAAACUUAUUGAGGUAAAUGAGAAGGGGCAACUUCGCCUUAGCCGCCGAGCAUUACUUCCAGAUACAGAUCCUGAUAAUGCCGAUGUAAGGCAGCCUACAGGUGACUCCAAAGAUGUACCUUCUCAAGGAAUAUCCGACAAGAACAAAGUCAAAGCUACAAGCUCUUCUAACUCUAAUUCUUCAGAAAGUACUCUGCUCCCACAAAAGAAGUUCAUACGAAGAUCAAUCAAUCCUGCCAAAGAUAGACCAAAUAUUAGUAAUGAUGCAUCCAAGAAGAGCAGCAGCAGAGUAGUGGGAAAUUCCAGCAAGGAAGAUAAUACUUUAGUAAAUGGAGGUGCUAACAUUGGAUAGCGUGCAUCUUACUGAUGAGGGUUUUCUGUUGUCCCCAUUUGUCAUGGUGAAAAGGACAAUGUGAUAUGUUGCUCACCAGACCUGAUAGAAACAAAGGUUCUCAGGCUGUUAACUUGUUAGAAGUGGUGGAUCAUGUGUCCGAGGUCAGCAAACCUGCAAAAAUGUUACAUCAUUUGCAUCCUUGUGAUUAAUUGAAGGAAGUUACAGGGAUAUAUUGCAUAUAUUCCUGAAGUGAGAAGUCUCAGGAGCGUGGAAAUUUUGCCGGACCAAUAUAUUCUUAUAUUUCCAUUUGCAAGAUGUAUUGUGCCUUUUCUUUCUUUAGAACCUCAUCUCUUGCAAAUAUGUAAUCAUUUGCUGCAGUAUAAUAUUGUUUAUCCUCCCCUGUAAAGUGCAGUAUAUUGAUAAUUCGUUUUUUCUUC